ACAUGUUAACUAAUUUUGUAGACUCUUAGAUCUAUAUAAUACAUAGAUCUAGAUCUAUUUAGUCUAGCUAGGUUUAGUCUAGAUAUGUAUAGAUCUACACUCUAAAUUAGUCUACAUCUAUGACGAUUUCAGAUCUGAGAGAGUUUUUAUCUAGGCACAAUGUCAGCACAUAAUAAAAGUGACCUGAAUCUAAGUCUAACUGGGUCACAACUAUCUGUGCUCUCUGCGAGAUCCAGACAAAGCCAAUCGGGAAGUAAUGCUAAGCAAAGUCAAAGAGCUAAUUCAAUGGUUGAUAUCCGACAGAAAAAGGUCAAAAAUGAAACAGAAUACAAAGCAGAGGAUUAUACUAAACAUAGAAGAGGAUCAUUUAAAGCAACAGAUGAGAAGAGCAUAGCUAGCAUGUCCUCUGUGCACUCUAGUAAAUCUGUUACUUCUGUGAUUCUGAAACCUAAUGAAUCUGAAGAUGAAUUUCUGGCUUUGUUUGAAAGCACCAGUACAAGUAGCAAGUCUCAAAGGAAGCCAGCUGCGUCUGACAAUUAUUCUUUUGGAAGAAAAACUCCCACUAAAGCAUCAGAUGGAUUGAAAGGUAAGAGAACUGUUAACAAACCGGCUUGGGCAUCGAAGCCUUCUUCUGGAAACACCACAGCCAGAUCUGAUGAGCCUCAUAACAUAUUUCGCCCACAUUCAGUAAGAAGUGAUGAGGAUGAUGAGGUCAUUGGGGAUAUCAGCCACUCCUUAUCCCAAUCUAUUAAUAAACUUCAGAGCCUUCAGAACCAGUUGUCUGCCAGCAGUAACCACAUGGACAAUGUCAAUGGAAAUAACCUUUCACAUGACACUACCAGCUCAGUCUCCACCUUGACACCAGAGGCUACACCAAGGCUAAGCCACCAAUCAUCAUCUAUAGAUGACUUCAUCCAAAGCAUACUUGACAGAACUCCACGCAGUGACAAUAAUCAUGACAGUGCCACAUUAUUAAGCAACAACCCCGCAGCUGCUGACAGUUGUCGCACAAAUGAACAGGGUGCAAGUAUUCUUGCCAAUAAUGUUAGUAGGCUUGGUCAGCAGCCUAAGAUAAAGGCAUCUUUGUCCUCAAUUGAGAACUCCUAUCAAAACAUUAAGCACAAAACUCCAGUUAACCAGGUCAACUCUGGGGGAUCAUUUUUUAAGAAAUCUGGUCUCCACACCCUCUCUGCUCCCAUGAACAGUUCUUUGCCCUUGAAGCAGACGUAUCCAUCAAGUUCACCCAUUACUGUGUCUGCUGCAGGGAAAGUAGAGGAUUAUCUCAGUAAACUGAAUCUAGCUGCCAGCAAAAUACAGAAAUGGUACAGCAGGCAUAGGACAAGACGAGCUGCCGCUGAGGCAGCUCUUAAAAGACUCCUGGGCCAGAAGAAACAAGAGCAGGAGUUGAAGCUUCAAAAGGAAACAGCUAACUCUCUAAUGUUUUCUGAGGGAGAAGGAAGGAAAGGAGUCGACAAGAAAAAAGCAAAAGAAGAAAAAGCUAAAGAAGCUAGACAGCAGGCAAUAUUGGAAAUGAAAAAGAAAAGAGAAGAACAUAAAAAUGAAAUUAAAAAAAUAGCUGUAGAAGAGAUUCACUUUCUUCAGGCCAAUGGGAAAAUAAGUAAACGUCCAAUGUCAUCUAAAAAGAAGAAGCUACCUACCACUGAAACUAAUGAGUCUAACAAUGUCACUCAGAGAGAUGAGGAAGUUCAGUCUGUGCAUGAACCAGAACAGAAGGAAUCAAGUAGUAAUGCAGUAGACAUGGACAAGGUUACUGAGGCCAAUAGUAACACUCGCACAACACUGGAAGAUUUGUACAGCACACUGAAGAAACUGGAGGAGGAAGAAAACUUUUUGACUGCCAGAACAGAGAACAAAGCUUCAUGGUUAAAUGACUUUGAUAAAGAUGAAGGCAAAGAAUUGGACUCUCACCUGACAGCUGAGAACUUGGAGAGAUUAAAUUCACAGAAAGAUGAUCUGACUAAAAGUGGUUUUCUUAGUGAUGACAAAUUGAAGAGCAUCAUCAGUUUUUUAGAUGAAGUUCAGGUUACAGACAAGCUCAGUGAAAUAGAUAUGGAAAUCUGUAGAAUUAAUGAGGAUUUAGAAAAGCCAGCCCUGCUAGUGCCUUCAGCUUUUGACAUUGCUCAGAUAGAGCAAGCGCAGGCCACUGCAUCUGAAGUAACAACGACAGUGUUGACGCAACGCUUGGAGUUGGAGGAGAAGAAGAGGACUGUGUCAAUGUUGCAGAAAGCACUUAAUCAGCAAAGGGAAUUGACAGUUCGACAUGCUAAAGAAACAGAAAAAGAAAUGAAGAAGCGGCUAGAUGUACAAAAAGAAGAAUAUGAAGAAGCUAUCAAGAGACAUUUAUCUUUCAUUGACCAGCUGAUUGAUGAUAAGAAAAAUCUGAGUGAAAAAUGUGAGAAAUUGGUAACAGAGCUAAAAAGUGUGGACAAGAAAUAUCAGGACAAGAUGAAAACUUUAGAAACAAAUCAUACCAUUGAACUGACCAAACUGAAAGAAGUUCAAGCUGCUGCUGAAAAAUUGAGGAGAGAAAAAUGGAUUGAAGACAAAACAAAAAAAAUCAAGGAAAUGACUGUGAAAGGUUUGGAACCAGAGAUCCAGCGACUGAUUGCCAAACACAAAAGUGACAUUAAGAAAAUCCAACAAAUUCAUGAGGCAGAGUUACUGGAGUCAGAUGAGAGAGCAGCACAGAGAUAUGUCAAAAUGACUGAAGAGCUCAGAGAUCAGUUAGCUGCAGAGAAGGAAGCAGCCAUUGCUAGAGAAAGGGAGGCAUCCAAAUUGAGGUAUGAGAAACAACUGCAACAUGAAGAGGAAGCCUAUCAGCAGAAACAGCGAAGACUUUACCAGGAAGUUCAAGAAGAGAAAGAUCGCUUGGCGUCAAGUGCCUCAAGGCAGCGUGCAGAGCUAGAGAAACUGCAGCGCCAGCUGGAAGACAGUCACAGAAUUGCUUUGGAAACAAUCAAAGAGGAAUUUGACAAAUCCAGGGAGGAGCAAGAGAAGAGACACAAGUCUGAAAUCAAAAUGUUACAAGAAAAAUUGAAACUCGAGAAAGAGUCAUGGGAGGAGAAUUACAUGAAGAAACAUGAAACUUGGUUGGUACAGAAGGAAAGAGAACUCAGAGACCAGAUUAAAAAGGAGCGGGAUAAAGAAAUUGAGUUAGUGAUAGAAAGACUAGAAGAAGAUGCAUCCACAACAAGGGAGGAAAAUGAGAGAACAACAGAGCAAAAAAUCAGGAGAUUAAGAGAGAAAUUUGAGGUUGAAACUAGAGAGCUGGAACAGUCAGAAAGAAAAGCUGUGCAAAGAUACAAUGAAAUAAAGGCUAAAAUGACUGAAGUUGAAGGAGAAAAUGAGAGACUCAAAGUUAUAAUAAGACAGAAAGAACAAGAAAUACUGGACACUAAAAAACUUUUGGAAAAAAUGAACUCUGAGAGAAGCCAUGUAUCAGAUAUUAUUCGACAAGAAUUUGCUGAUAGGAUAGUUGCUACAGAUGAAGAAAACAAAAGAAUCAAGCAUGAAAUCUCAGAACUGAGAGCCAGGCACCGCAUAGACUUAGAAAAAGCACAAAGAGACUAUGAGGAGCUUCAGAGAUCAAAAGAUCAAGAGCUAGAAGAAGUACAUAAAAGGGUGAAACAAGCCAUAGUUAAGAAAGAGGAAGUUGUGGCCCAGCUCAAGCAGCAGUAUCAGGCAGCCAAUAAGAGAGCUGAUCACUUGGAAGGGUUGUUGGAGCAGCAAAGGAAACAGUUGCUGAAUCACAAAUAGUACAGGCCCCUGUCUGACUGCUUUCAGAUUAGUUGGGAUGAAAGAUUCUUUUUUUUUUCCCUCCACAUGUAUUCAAUGUAAAAAUUCUUUAUCAGUCAUGAGCAUUAUCUGAAAGUACUGAAGUAUGCCGGUUAGUUUUGAAAUACAAAUAAAUAUAAUUGGAACUGUAAAUAUUUGAAUUAUUAUUUAUUACAAUCUAUAUUUAAUAUUGCUUCUAUUGUAUUUAAAGUUUUUUUUAAAAAGAAUAACAGGGGUUUUUUGGUGGUAUUUUUUUCACUAAUUAUCCAUGUAAAUGAUUUUUCUGCACAUCUAUGGUAUAUUCUGACUGUCUCAAUAUGUUACUGGAUCAUUAUUUAUGAAGUACAGAUCAGGAGUUGUGAUUUUAUUUUCCCUCACUCUUCUAAGUACUACUUCAAAUGUUUUAAGUCUUUUUCUUUUCAAACCUGUUAGAGUGAUUUUAUUUUUAAGUCUUAGAAUGUGAACCAAAAUAUGUCCAUUCCUGGUAGACUGUGUAUGUACUGAGUUGUGCAUGGUUAUAGUCUGUUGUAGAUAGAAAUCAUCCAGUAAGAUUGUCUAAACUAGUUAGUCCUAAGCAUUGUAUACAUGUUGGUCAUUCUAAAUUUUCUCUGUUUGCAGUGGAACAAUCACUGCUUGCCAUCCUAACAAUGUACAUCACUUGGUAUUAAUUACUUAUCAAUUGUUCUUUGUUUUGGGGGAGUUAAUUUAAAAAACAAAAUAGGGUAAUGUUUGUAAUUCUUUGGUAGGUUGUACUUUUGCAAAAUAUCUGUGGCAUUUUAUGACUGCAUUUCUGGGGGAAAGCCCGAUGUCAUAACUAUUUUGUCAAAUAAUUUAGUCUAGGUAGGCCUACUUUAAAUCAAAUCACACUUUAUUAGCAUCACACACCUCACAGUGUUCUAUAUAGGGCCUACUUUGAAUCUAAUCACACUAUCACAGGCCUCACAGUGUGUAUAUAUAUAAAUAUAGGGCCUACUUUUAAUCAAAUCACUUUAGUGUUAUAUAUUGGGUCAACUUUAAUGUAGAGUCCAUUGUUCCAAAGGGUGUUUGAUAUCAGAGUCUAUCAUUCUGUGCAUUCUUGCUAACCCCCUGUGGCCCCUCAGUUUUGUACAAGGUUUUUGGCUCACUUUAUUGGUUUUUACUUUUUAGAAUAUAUUUCUGAUAGUAUAAUAUAUAUUGCAUAUAUAAAAACAUAAUUUUUUUUUUAUAUUCAUGAUUGAUGUUUUAAAAUGUGUGUUGACAUACCAGCCAAAACAUCUGAACAUUUAUUUUCAAAUGUUGAUAUAUUAUGUAUUAUUACAUUGUGAAUAAAUCAGUGUGUUUUUAUGCGGCCCUAUGUUCCAAGAGGAACACAAAGGAAAGAUGAUGAUUUUUUCUAAGUAAAGAAAAAGAUUAUUUUGAUGUGAUUCUCCGUCCUUUUAUUAUUGUAUUAGAUGUUCCAAUCAUUAUAAAAUAAAUUGUGAACAAGGGAUUAUUUAUAGUGGCAGAUAAUUUUUUUUUUUGUUUUAACAUAGUCAGCUGCAU